AGUCCAGGAAGUGAACAUUUACAGGAGUUAGCGGGAUAACGAAGCUGUUUACCUGUCAAUAUUAUAAUAUUCCCCACGCCCAUACAGAGGGGAUAGACGGCGUAUCCUUUUCUCAAGCUUUCCAACUGUCCGGAGCCACCGCAUCACAAGAUGAUGGUCGACCCCACACUCGCUGAAAUGGGCAAGAACCUCAACGAGGCCAUGAAGAUCCUGGAGGAUGGCCGAAAUGCAUCAGAACCGCAUGCAGAUAGACGCCAGUUCAGCAGGAGUAGUAUCCCCGGACCCCUACAGGGAGAUGGGCAGGAUGUGGCCAGUAUACUCCAGCUGGUCCAGAAUCUCAUGCAUGAAGAUGAGGAGGAAGACAAGCCAAGCCAUCGCAGGAUGCAGAACGUCGGGGAGCAGGGUCACAUGGCGUUGCUAGGACACAGCCUAGCAGCCUACAUCUCAGUGCUGGACAGGGAGAGACUCAGGAAGCUGAUCACACGCAUCGCGUCUGACACAACACUCUGGCUCUGCAGACUCUUCAGGUAUGAGAGUGGCUCAGCAUACUACCAUGAGGAUGACCGAGAGGGCCUGCUGAAGGUGUGUCGCCUGGUCAUCAAUGCCCGCUAUGAGGACUACUCCACAGAGGGCUACACGGUGCUCAACUCCAGACAGCCUGUCAUUUACCAGAGCGCCACCUGCAGGCCUGGCCUGGGACAGCACCUCUGCAGCCAACUGGGUCUGCCUCUGUCCAGCCUGUGCACCGUCCCCUGUAACACCAUGUUUGGAUCCCAGCACCAAAUGGACGUUGCCUUGCUCGACAAGCUGAUCAAAGAGGACGUGGAGACUGGGAAGCUUCCAUUGCUGUUGGUAGCCAACGCCGGCACCCCUGGGGCGGGCCACACAGACAAGCUGGGCCGUCUAAAGGAGCUGUGUGAACAGUAUGGCAUGUGGCUCCACAUAGAAGGUGUCAACUUGGCCACCCUGGCUCUGGGGCAGGUCUCAUCCCCCGUGACGGCGGCCACCAGGAGUGACAGUAUGACCCUGACCCUGGGUCCGUGGCUGGGCCUGCCUGCUGUUCCUGCUGUCACCCUCUACAGACAUGAGGACCCAGCCCUGUCUCUGGCAGCCGGGUUGACUUCCAGUCAGCCAGUAGAGAAGCUGCGUGCCCUGCCUCUCUGGCUCUCCCUGCAGUACCUUGGCCAUGAUGGGAUAGUGGAGAAGAUCAGACACGCUGCAGAGCUCAGCCAACAGCUUCUUGAGAAACUGAAGACUCUGGCUUCCAUAAAGACAUCAGGUGUGGCGUCUCUCUCUCGGAUCCCGCCGAUCUCGGGGGGCUCUCUACGGGACUUGCUGGGCUCUCUCAUUCUGUCUAUUGUGGAGGAUGAACUGAACUCUCCAGUAGUAGUGUUCAGGUUCUCCCAGGAGACCAGUGCAGAAUCCAGUGGUGGUUCUGUGGAGGGCUACUUUGCUGGAGAGAGAGAAGUGCUAGAUACCCUCAACAGAUGGCUGUGUGAGCGGUUGGCACAGCUUGUGCCUGCCAGCGGGGUAGACAUAGUGGAGUUGGAGGACGAGGGCACCUGUGUCCGCUUCACCCCUCUUAUGACCGCCGCAGCCCUGGGGACCCAGCGGUGUGACGUGGAUCUCCUGGUGGAGCGGUUGACUGAGCUGGUUCCUGUGCUGAACUGUACGCUGCGUCUCAGACUGGACUUCAGAGAGGAGGUGUACCGCCACUCUGCCCUCAGUUACAUAGAGGACCUCAGCUGGCCCGGCCUGGGAGCCGUCAGGUAUGAGCCGAGGAUUGAGGAGAUGAACGACCGUAAGAGACAGCUGGAGGUGGAGAAGAUCAACGGUGAGCUGCUGGUGAAACUAGGGGAUCUGGACGCAGACCUCAUCUUCUCCACCGGCCCGGAGUUCGGACCCGAGAAGGACUGCAUAUUUAUUGGCAUGGCAAUGGAGGACCUAGACGUGCCAGAGCUAGUGGAUACGAUAGCCGCCCUGGGGAGGGACAUAGAGGAGAACGGCAGGCUAUUAGAGAACAUGACGGAGGUGGUGAGGAAAGGCAUCCAGGAGGCAGAGCUACAGCUCCAGAAAGACAACCAGGAGAAACUCAUGGAGGAGGGUGUGUUGAGACAGAUUCCUCUGGUCGGCUCCGUGUUGAACUGGUUCUCUCCAUUCCAGAGCACUGUGAAGGGCAGGACCUUUAACCUGGCUGCAGGUUCCCUGGACUCCACAGAGCCCACCUACUCCAUGAAGGCCCAGACAGGUGGGCUGGCAUCGCCAGAAACCCCCACCUCCUCUGCCAAGAGACUGCCAGGACAGAGGCUGUUCCGGCGCGAGGGUGCGGGGGGCUCUGACUCCCACAGUGAGACCAGCUCUGUGGGCCAUGCUGAGGAUCUCUCCAGGGAGGGGGUCCCACAACCCUCCACACCCACCCCACCUUCCCCUGUCCCAGACGAGGUGGUUUCCGGGGGCCCUGAGAGCCCAGAGACCUCCCAGGUGCCGGUUGAACCCGAGCCCACGCAGGAGGGGAGCGAGUCCCAUGAUGACUGUGAGAGGGAGAGGUCAAGGGCUGAGGGAAGGAACCAGGAUUUCAGAAUGGAAUCCAGCCUUAGUCUCUAGGGUUGUUUCCACAGCAGUCCAGAGAUUGUGUCUGACUGUCUGAGGACUCGAUCUCUCAAUGGGUUAAUAAAUAAUUAUGUAGGAGUAGAAUUCAGACACCCUAUAGGACCUAAGAACUCUGGUCAAGCAGGAACUACACCUGGGGCUGGGAGUCAAAGGUGAAGGGUUGUCUGAGGACUUCCUGGUUCAUGGCCUCCACUCGACUUCAGUCAGUCUCGUCAAGGCCCGGAGGUAAAGCAGCUUAUAUGCAAGCCAAGUAACGUGUGACUAACACUGGAAAUGAAACAAUUUUAGAUUGUAUACAUACCUUAUAUUUCUAUCCACUCAAUCACCAUAAUGAUCAGUAAAACCAGCUCUGUAUAGAGGGAAAUGUAGUAGAACAAUUUAAGCAUACUGUGAUAUGACUUGAACAAGAAAGAAUACACGCAUCCACCUGCUUCUGAUCUUUAAACACUCCCACAGUAUAUGUGCACUACCCCGAUAGACCCUCCACGGUUUGUCAAACACCCUCCUGUUAACAUUUGCACAUACUUGGGUCUGAUUGGUGUACAAUGUUGUUGUUUUUUUACAAUAUAAAUGUAUGUUUUUAAUAAUAUGACCAAUGGGGCUAACGUUUCCUUACGUCCAUAAGCAAAGUCUUGCUUAACAUGCAUUCUGAGGAAAUACUUAUAGUGGCUAUACUGUAUGUUGAUGUUUCCUGUGAGACAGACAUGCAGUAGCCUAGUAGCUAUUAUAAUACCUAGACUGAAGAUAGCAUAUUUGCAGGUUAAAGGAUUUGGUUUCAAUGCAGGGUUGU